AUGUCGAGUAAACAAUAUCAAAUUACGUCUUUUUUUCAAAAUAAAAAGCAAAAAACAGAUGCAAUUACUGAUAAUCAUGCAGAUAGUUUGAAUAUUCCAUCUAUUGAUUUAGUUGAUCAUGCGGAAAGUGUAAACUUAUCUAAAGAAUUUUUGUCAACAGAACCAACAGAAGCUUCAUCUGCCAUCACAACUGAAAAUAAAACAAAACUAAAAUGUAAUCUUCUUUAUUGCAUGUCUGACACUCGUUAUAUUCCUGAAAAACAAUCACAUCUUAAAUCGACAAGUGACAAACGUAGUUGCCAGUUAGGCUGGUUCACUAAAUAUAACUGGCUUUCCUACUGUAAGAGUAGUGAAAAAGUUUAUUGUUUUUAUUGUCGUACAGCAUAUCAAAGUAAAUAUCAUCCACAAGCUAAUAAAACGGCUGAUUGUUCAUUCACAGUCCGUGGUUUUGAUUAUUGGAAAAAUGGUUUAGCCAAAUUUGAAAAACAUGAAAGCAGUCAAUGCCAUGCUGAUUGUAUAUAUUUGGUGAAACAACAACAGCAACAACCAGUAGCAGCACAAAUUAGUCUAACCCAUAAAAGUCAACAGGUUCAACGACGAAAAAUGCUUUUAAUUCAAGUACAAGCUAUUAAGUUUUUAUUACGUCAAGGUUUAGCUUUACGUGGUCAUGCCGAAAUAGAAGGAAAUUUAAUUCAAUUGUUAAAACUACGACAAAGUGAUACUAAUGAAUUAUCAACAUGGAUUAAUAUAAUAUGUGAUGAAACAACUGAUUCAACUGGUAGUGAACAAAUGUGUUUUACAAUAAGAUCAGUGGACGAUCAGUUCAUUGUUCAUGAAGAUGUUAUUGGUCUGUAUCAAUUAAAUUCUCAACAUGCUGAACAUAUUACACAAGUGAUAUUGGAUAUAUUAAUUCGAUGUGAUUUAGACAUCAAAUUUUAUAGAGGUCAAGGUUAUGAUGGUGCUGCAACAAUGUCGGGCCAUCUAUCCGGUGUAUCUGCUCGAAUUAAAAAUUUGAAUCCAAAAGCUUAUUUCGUACAUUGUAAUGCACACUCAUUAGAUCUUGCAUUACAAGAUUUAACUUGUGAAUCACCAUCUAUCUCCAAACGAUUACAUUUUUUAGAUUCAGCAACAGAACUGAAGAAGUAUUCAAAAUUGAAGUCAUUAUGUCCUACUCGAUGGACAGUGCGAGCUGCAUCUAUGAAUUCAUUGAUUAUUAAUUAUGAUUUAGUUGAAACAUCUUUAAAUGAAAUUAUUUCUGAAGGUGGUCCACCUUCUAUCAUGGCAAAUGGAUAUUUGGAGCAACUAUACAAAUUCUCUACAUAUUUUGGAUUGAAAUUAGGUCAUUUGAUAUUUUCUCCUACUGAAGAAAUUUCAUGCUCAUUACAACGUAUUGAAAAUUGUUUACAAGAUGUUUUAUGUGCAAUUAAAACACUAAUAGGUUAUUUACAAAGAAUUAAAUGUAUUGAAUAUUUCAAAACGUUCUAUGAAUUAAUGCUAAAAGAAGCUGAAUUAUUAACUGAAGAAGCUGAAUUACCACGUGUUAGAAAACCACCUCAACGAUUUGCUGAUACAUUACGAGCACCAGUAGUGUAUCAAAACGUUUUUGAUAUGUAUCAGGAACAAUACUUCAAUGUCAUUGAUAAAGUUUUAAUUGGAUUAAAUUUACGUUUUCAACAGUCGGUGUUUCCUUUAUUAUGUAAAGUAGAAAAAUUUAUUCUUGCGGCGGCAAAUGGUACACAAGAAGAAGCUAAUAAUUUAAAUAUUCACAAUAUUGCUGAAUUUUUAACUGAUGAUAUUGAUAUUCCGCGUUUACAACGUGAAAUAAAUAUGAUACCCGAUUAUUUUUCAGUUAUUAAUUUAGAAAAUAAUUUUAGUAUUAAGAAAAUUACCAAAAUUCAAACUAUUUGUGAUCUUCUCAAUGUACAAUCUGUUGGUAAAUCUAUGUUCUGCGAAUACACAACACUAAUACGUCUGUAUUUAACCGUUCCUGUAACAACAGCGACAGCUGAACAUUCAUUCAGUACUAUGAAUCGACAAGAUUAG